AUGUCAACUCAAGAGACAGCCAAAACACUGUACCUGGAUGCAGAAGGCAUCAAAUAUGCAUACCGUCUCAUUGGAAACUCUACUGCCAACAGUCACUCGCCUCCUUUGCUCAUGCUCAACCAUGUUCGGGCAACAAUUGAUACCUGGGAUCCUGAAGUCAUCAACAACCUCACGGCCACUGGCCGCCAACUCAUCACCUACGACUAUGCCGGAAUCGGACAUAGCCAAGGCCAUAUCGCACCCUCUAUCAGAGGCUUCGCCGUCAACUUGAUUGCAUUUCUCAAUGUCCUCUUGCCGUCUCUGCAUACUCAACAUGUUGAUGUUUUGGGUUUCUCCAUGGGCGGCUUCGUUGCCCAACAGUUGGCUCUCGACGCGCCCAAUGUGGUUAACAAGAUGGUUCUCUCUGGCACCGGACCAAGUCUUGGGGCGGACCUUCAACGACCGAUGAAUGAAGUGCAAUCCAGUGUUUUCAACCCAGUGCGAGAUGCUACAAUUGUCGACAUAUUCUUUCCACCUUUUUCAUCUGCAUCUACCAACCUGGGCGAGGCUUGGCUCAACAGAAGCACCACCGCGCGAAAGGGAAUUGCUGGAAAGCACGGAGAGCCUGAAGUUGAACUGUUUACCUCUGGAAACGAUCUGGUCAAUCUUACUCAGGCUUACUUGACUUGGGAUGCCGACCCGGUCCCCUAUUCCCUGUUGCAGACAAUUCAGAAGGACACUCUUGUGACUGCUGGAGACAACGAUCUUAUUGUUACGACGCAAAACUCUUAUGUAUUGGCUAGACAGCUACCGCGAGCCAAUUUCGUCAUGUUCCCCGGCAGCGGUCACGGCCAUCUCUUCCAGUACGCAAGCUACUUCACAAAGGUCGUUGGGGAGUUUUUGGACGGUAAACUGCCUACACCGCCAAGCUCUGCAGGGACGGUUCCCCCGUUCGGAACAUAUGGAGACUACAAUUAG